AUGGACUUGCUGGACAAACACUCCUCGCCGGCAUCAGGAUUGCCUCUGGCUUUCCACGGCACGGUGAUACACUCACGCUCUCUCAAUGAGCUCGAGAUUUUGGAGAACUGCUUCGUUCUGGUGGAUAAGGCGGGCAAGAUCCAAGCGCUGCAACCAGAUGUGGAGUCGAGCAAGAUCAAUACCAUCGUGUCAGACAACGGAUACGCCCCCGACGUAUUCCCCAUCAAACGCCUACGGCGUGGCGAGUUCCUGUGUCCCGGAUUUGUUGACACUCACAACCAUGCACCACAAUGGACUCAACGCGGCGUUGGGCGUGGGCAGACCUUAUUGGAUUGGCUGGAGAAUGUCACUUUUGCCCAUGAAUCCAAAUUCGAGGAUCAAGACUAUGCGAUUCGUACAUACUCCUCUUGCGUGGCAGGCUUUCUCCAGCAAGGUAUUACCACGGCAUCGUAUUACGGAUCUCACCAUGGUAAGGCGAGUCGUAUCCUGGCCGACAUUUGUUUUGAGAAGGGUCAGCGUGCCCUCGUGGGCAAGUGUAACAUGAAUCGAAAUGCCCCCGACUGGUAUCGAGACUCUUCGAUUGAUGACUCGCUGCACGAAACGCGCGGAUUGAUCCAGCACAUUCAGGAUCUCGACCCGGAAUCUCGACUGGUGAAGCCUGUUCUGACUCCGCGCUUUGCCAUUUCGUGCGAUCCAGGACUUCUGUCGGGUCUUGGCGAUAUUGCCCGGGAGCAUCCGCUGCUACCUAUUCAGACCCAUUUCAACGAGGCGAAGCAGGAAAUACAGUUCACCCGUCAAUUAUUUCCAGACUUUCGUACAGAAGCUGAACUAUACAAAGAAUUUGGAUUAUUGAAUGACCGGUCUAUUCUGGCCCAUUGUAUCUUCUUGGAGGAGGAAGAGAUUGUUGCUCUCAAGGAGCUUGGCUGCGGGGUCUCCCACUGCCCGAUCUCAAAUACAACCAUGCAGGAGUUUAUGGUUGCACCAAUACGAGAGUACUUACGACGUGGAAUCAAAGUUGGACUGGGUACCGACAGCGGCGGUGGGCAUUCGUCCUCGAUGUUGGAAGUCAUGAAACAGGCAUUUGUGGUUUCGGUUGCUCGGCAGACACUUACUAACGGCCAAGACCCUGCAUUGUCUCUAUCAGAAGGAUUCUUCUUGGCCACUUUGGGGGGCGCUCAAGUCUGUGGCCUGGACGAAAGGAUUGGAAAUCUCAUUGUGGGAAAGGAAUUCGAUGCACUCGAGAUUCACACUAUCAAUCUUGAAUAUCCGGGAGUAAUGACGCCCGUUGAAGAUGAAGACUCGAUCUCGGUCAUCUUCGAGAAGUUUCUGAUGACUGGCGACGAUCGAAACAUUUCUAAGGUAUAUGUACGCGGUCGGUCGGUCAAGGUCUGA